CACUAAUUUCGCACAGCUCUCUCUCUCUCUCUCUCUCUCUCUCUGCGAAGAGAAGAGAGCAAAGAAAACCAAAAUUGCCUUAUUAGGAAAAGAUCUGGUGGGCCCGCCCACAGCUUAGCAUUGCCUCUUACCCCAUUUUAUUAUUAUUAUUAUUAUUUAUUUAUUUUUCAAGGCUCAAUCCGUUACCGAAUGUGUACAUAUACGAAGUCCCAUAUAUACAACUUUGCAGCACAAUUUCACACUCACAAAAAUAGAGAGAGAAACCGAAGCUUUAAAAAUUCAUUCAGUCUCUCACUUCGGAUCAUAGCUGAUUUUUCUGGCAUGGGCUUGGAGGAAAGACCUAUGGAUCUACACAAGAAGAAUGACAAAACUGACCAAACAGGGACUAUAUGCGUGCAUGCCUUUUCUGAUCUAACCUAUAUUUCUCCAGUGGUAUUCUUAUACCUCCUGAAAGAAUGUUAUACUCAUGGCACAUUGAAGGCAACUACUAAGUUCCGAGCUCUUCAAAAUCAAGUUUAUCAAGUGCUGCAUAAUGAUCCGCAACCUGGACCAUCUACUUUUGUUAUUCAAUGUCUCUAUGUCUUGCCCAUAUUUGGCAUAUAUUGUGAAGGCUUCAGUCAUCUUAUAGUAUCUGCUCUACGUCGUUACCUUAAAUUAGCAACCAACCAAGCAGAUUCCUUGGAGGCAAAAGACCUUGCUGGUCAAUUAUUUCUUGAUAUUGUAGGGGGCUUUCUCAACCAUGAUGAGAGGAUUGUUGUAAAGAUUCUUGAAGUCUUUGAUGUCAAAUUAAUCAACAUUGGGAAAUUCAUGUGCCAUGCAAGGGAAAUGAAUGAUUCUAGCGGUGAUGCAGCAAAGAAAUUUGUUGAGCAAUACAUUUUUGGAUUGGUAGAAUCCCAGUCAUACAUGACAGCGGUCUCACUAUUAGAGCAAUUUUCCAUCCGCCAGUCUGGAAAGUCUUUUCUAUUUACUAUGCUACAGAGCAAAGAAUUCAAAGCUGCAGACAAGUGGGCAACAUUUAUGGGAAAACAAAUGUUAUGUGUACUUGUUCAGGAAUACAUUGAUAGGAACUUGCUAAAGCAUGCAUACGAUAUUAUAAAGAAAAACAAUCUCCGCCAGGAGUUUCCUGAUGUAUAUCACAAGUGUAAAGAAAGCUCACUGAAGAAGCUAGCAGAAAAAGGAUGUUGGGAAGUUGCAGAGGCAAAGACAAAUGGUGAUAGACAACUUCUUGAAUAUUUGAUUUAUUUGGCAAUGGAAGCUGGGUACUCAGAGAAGGUCGAUGAACUGUGUGAUCGAUACUCCCUUACCGGUUUUCUAGAUGUCAAAGUGCCUGAGGCAAGUCUUCUGCAAAAUCGUUUUCUGCAUCUUAAUGAGUUAGCUGUAGAAGAAAUCAUAUGGGUUGAUGAAGUUGAUGGUUUGUGUAAUGCAACGUGCCAUAUUGAGGGGUGUAAAGUCUUGGGUCUUGAUUGUGAAUGGAAGCCCAAUUAUGAAAAGGGGAGCAAACCAAACAAGGUGUCUAUCAUGCAGAUUGCUUCUGAUAAGAUGGUUUUCAUCUUUGAUCUGAUAAAGUUAUUCGAAGAUGUGCCUGACGUCUUAGACAACUGUCUGGCCCGCAUUUUGCAGUCCCCUAGCAUUCUAAAACUUGGCUAUAAUUUUCAAUGUGAUGUAAGGCAGUUGGCUCAUUCAUAUGGAGAUUUGGAGUGUUUCAAGCACUUUGAAAUGCUACUGGACGUUCAGAAUGUGUUUAAAGAACCUCGAGGUGGCCUAUCUGGGCUUGCAAAGAAAAUAUUGGGAGCUGGUUUGAACAAGACAAGACGUAAUAGCAACUGGGAGCAACGACCUUUGACUAAGAAUCAGCUAGAAUAUGCUGCUCUGGAUGCUGUCGUACUGAUUCACAUAUUCCGCCACGUAGGCAGUCAUUCUCCACCUGCUACUGGCACCGAGGGGCAUGAAAAAAUUGAGUGGAAAUCCUACAUUGUUUCCCAAAUGGAUAACAUCAAGAAGCCCAAAAAGGGAAUGAAAAGUAAAAAGCAGCCAAAAGAAGCUCAGAUCGAUGAGCAUUGUCAAUCAAGUUAGUGCAAUGUUGCAGAAUUUUCAGCCCCAAUUGCAUUAGUCCAUAGUAAUCUGUAAAUAUUUUCAUGUAGUUGAAGAAGGCACUGCCAUUUAGAACUGUUGCUGUAUAUAUCUGCAUGUUUAUAAUGGGUAUUUCUUUAUGAAAGAAUGAGAGUUCUUCCCUAUGCUAUUAAGUAUAUAUAAUCCGCUAUGUAACUUUUUCCCUGCUUCUACUUAAGAAAACAAAAUAUGUUGGUACAAAAUGUGAAAGGGAUGACAUGUUAGGGAACUGUCCAUCUUCUUCGCUGGUUGUGUUUGGGAACUGUUUUCCAUGGAAGGAAAUACACAGAACUAGGAAGCAUUUAUCUACUGCCUCCUUAUCCCCACUUUUUGAUGGGCACCUAUAUAUACUGCCCUUGUAUUUUGUUGAAAGAAAAACUCAAAGCUCGUUGGUUUCUAUUCUCAGGAACAUGUUAGGAAGUCAA